CUCCCUGUGCCGGUGGUGGAUGAGGCGGCAGCGGAGCGGAACGGGGCCGGCGAGCGCCAGCGGCGCGGCGGCAGGUGUGAGCCCGUGCCGGCCGAGUAGCUCCUGCAGCGGCAGCGCCGAGCGGAGCCACCCGCCCCGCGCCUCCCCCCGCCCGCCCUCUCGUGCCGGCACCGCCGGCCUCGGUAAAUCAGCGCGGCGGGUGCCCCCGGCACGGCCCCGUCCCCCCCGUCCCCGAGGAGCGACGCCGAAGGAGCGGGACCGACUCACUCAUGGGAGCGCGGCGGGCGAGGCCGGCGACACCUCCGGCUUCCGAGGCGCCGGCGAAGUUAAUUGCACUGAAGUUCAAGUUGUCUUUUCACCCAUCAGGAGUGGGCGUUUAAAGGAAGGAGAGCGAGGAGGAGGAGGGGGAGGGGGAGGGGGGAGAGUCUCUCUCGCUCGCUCGCUCUCGCGCACACACACACACAGGCACACGCAUGCACUCGCACACACACACACACACACACACACGCACCCGCCCGCUCGGCUCCGCUUCCGAGCUGCCUCAGCAAGGAGGAGCCCGGACGGAAAACACCAGGGCAGCAAGGAUUUGGAAGCAGACUUCCUGGAGAAGGACGCUGGCAAUGAGUGCAGGUUUCCCUGAAAGCUGAGGCUGUUUCUUAUUCCCUAGGAGACUGAGAAGAGAGGGGGCCCCGGAUGUCAGCCCAAUCUCCGUUUUUUAUUUGUCUCGACUUUGAGGCAGAUUUCCUCUUUCAGCUCUGGGAACUGACAGGUACAAUUCCUGUAGGCACCUUUGCAUGUCUCAUAAACAAGACCAAGGCCAAGAAGUUGAUAAGUCAGUGCUUUUCCUAGUUAACCACCGGUAUGCCCUUCUAUUAAUUGCUAUUAGAAAGUUAACCUUGUAGCUCAGUUAUUGAAUAAUCAUUAAUCCAUGGAGGAUACACAAGCCCAAAGGUUAAUAAUAGGAAUAGCAAUUAAUAAUAUUGACCUUGCCAGUGGGAAGAGUAUUUUUGUCUUAGUUAUUAAAAGGCACUCCUAUUUGUACUGUGUACAGUGGUGCAAAUUUGGACCCAAUAUGCUGAGUACCAAAUUAAUGCAACAACACCAGAAAUUAAUUUACCCCAUUAUCUCCAUGUUAUCAGUCCUCUGACUUUUUCUCCCUUUAAAACAUAUCAUUCACUAUUCUCAGUUUAGAUAGAAAUACUAGGUCUUUAAUCAAUUCUGACAUUUCCACUAGAAAAUAACAUCAAGCUCACUUACACAGAUAAAAAUUUAUUUGCCUGCAGCUGAUUUGUUGUAGUGCUUUGGACCUAUUCAUUUCUCAGAGAGAAUUUAGCUUUCUGUGGUCUUUUGAUACCAUGGGGUAAUAAAUAGGAAAUCAGUACAAAGGGAACAUUCUCACUUUUAUAAGUCCAACUCCCCCCUUCCUAGAGCUGCCUCCUCACAGGGCUACUCAGACUGACUGACUGACUAACCUGCAUCUUGUAUUGUCAAAGAUCCAUCUCCUUUAUUUUGUAUCACAUUUCUGACUGGCUGGUCAGUAAGCCCUAAUAAUAAUCAUGUUUCAUGUCUCAGAAAUCUAAUAGUCAAGUUACUCAUUGUUACAAAUUGCAGCUAAGCUAUGUGGGUUAGUCGCGUUAUCCCUACUUUAAAGGCAGGGAAACUGAAACAGGAAAAUUAACACAUUUGCCUGAGGCUACACGUGGAUUUAAGAGCAGAUCCAGGACUGGAACUGAAUUUAGACCAAGCUCCCUCUUAAAGAUUCUUAAAUGUGCUAUGGAAAAUGCUUCUUUAAAAAAGAAAUGUAAUAUAAACCUUAUUUUUCAUCAAUUUUGUAAGUUAGUCAAAAUACAUUUUUUUUUUUAGCUCACAUUUUCCUUUUGUAAAGAUAAGAUUUAUCCAGCUUUAAAAAAAAAGUGUGGUGGUACCUUUCAACUACAUAGGCCAGUUUACUUUGGAAAAAAAUAUUUAACAUGAGAUUGUGAGCAGUAAUGGGAACAGAAUUGCUUGUUAUUAGGCUCCUGUAAACAAUAUUUGCUGAAUGUUAUGGUAUAGUUACAGGUCAACAAAACAUAAUGAGAAGUCCAGCAUUAGUAUAGGUAAGCUGCUCUUGCUUACCUAGUGUGCAUCAGUUUUCACUAUAAUGCACUUUCAGUGCUUUCAGUAUCAAAAUACUUAGCAUGGGUCUAAACAUUGAAAAACAUAUGGGACAACCAUAUACUGUGUUUGAGAGUUAUGUACCAAAUCGUGUCAUUCAUGUCACUGAAGCAAGACAUAUAUUGCCUGCCCUUUAGCUGUGACAUGUCAUGAAAGCUGUGUGGUAUGACUGAGCACAGAUGGCAUGCCUAAAAAGCAGGCAUACAAUAUAACUUUCCUGUUACUGACACGUAGACAUUUCCUCUUCCUCAAUGUCCACUCCUAGAUGUUUGCUUGCCCAGCCUUCUACAGGAACUAUAGAAAGUCCUGCUCAUCCUGCUCAUCCCUGGGGCCUGGAAUUGUACGGUCAAAACCCUAUACAGAAUAAGUGUUGGCUUUUUUUUUUUUAAUUUUUUUUUUUAUUUAUGCUGACAGCUCCAUUCUGAGCAUUUUUAGAGUCCUGAUUUGAGGGAAGUGGGUGCAGAUCUCAUUCAAAUAGUCAUUCUCCAAUACCAUUAGCAUUACCUGCCAAAAAUGAAAGUGGCAUAUGAAUCACAAUAAGCUACUCAUGAAUUUGUGGAUUUAGAACCUGCCAAGGAAAGAUAUACAUGAGAUUUCAAAGUCCCACCAGUUGCAGGGACUUUGAAUACUAUGUAAAAGUACGUUUAUCCAAAGACCAUCUUAUUGAUGACCCAUUCUAUAAGGGCGACAGACAUAAGUGAUUCCAGGGAAGGGUAAUACUAACUGAAAAUGUAUCUGUUCUCAUCUUUCACUUACAAGUGAGAUAGUGAAAGUGAUGAAACUGCUAAUUGUAACUAUGUCAGAGACCUUUCCUGAGGUGCUCCUUAUCGAAGUGCUGCUGUGACUCUUUUGUGUGAGAAGAGCUUUAAAAUCCUCUGGGAAAUAUCCCAGUUGCUUUCCAGUUCCUUUCAGACAUGUAAAUAUCUUUAUGUUUAGACAUGAGUAGAGAGGGGUGGAAAACGAAGUUCAGCGAGGAGUAGAACGGGGUUAAAAGCAUCCACAUAGAUCCAGGAACCAAAUACAUACAUGUGGCUUUUUUUUUUCUCUAUCUGAUGUUAGCUGGGAAAAUGAAAUGUUCAUUAUCAAGAAGAAACGCUGUAUAAAUGUGUGGAUACUUGAGAUUUAUGUUUACCCAUGAUUGACAGAGAAGGCCAUCUUCUGCCUGAAAUUACAGAUGAGCAACAGAACUCUCAGUAAUGCUCAGAUACUUAUGUUGUUCUCAAGUAAUAUGUACAUUACCAAGUAUGGUUUAUUUCCAGCUUGUAGUAUAUGAAUAAUGCUAUAUGAGUGAAAAAAACUACAUGCCACCUAGCAUGCCCUACGAUUGUUUGCUUUUUUCGUGGUUUGCUUUAAGCUAAGCACAUCAGAAACUGAAAAUAACAUUUGGGUCUUUUUUCCUUCUUAACAUAAAAAACCCACAGCCAAGGUUUUGUAAACUAUUUAUAUGUUGUUACUUGUGAAACAUAACAAAGAAGCCUGCAUACUAGCAUGGUCUACACAUAGAUGUCUCAGCUGCUUGUUGAAAUGUUAAGACGUGGUUUGAGUAACUGUGUUCCAACCGGUUCUAAGCAUUACCUGUUGUAGGAUGAAAAUGGUAGUGAACAAAUACAACCAUGCAUUGUAGCCUUCUGUGCAUAUUUUAGGUGCAAGUGGCCAUUAUCAGCAGUACCUCAACCUUGUCUGGUGUUCCGUCUCACUAUUGACUCAGUGGAAGGUAGUCAGACUUUUCUGAAUGUAUCGUCAGGGUAUUUCUGCAGUCUUGAUUAUUCUACUCUUUGUUGGUUAGACACCAAUCUCCCAAGCUUAGGCCUAUGCCACCUCACUGUCUGAAUGUCUCUCCUGAAAAUUUGUUUUCUGAAAUGGGAAUCCUGUCAGUAAUAACAAAUUCAUCUAUCUGUCUCCAGACUGGCUUAAGUGUCCUCCAGUCACUUAGUGAAGACCUGUGUUUUCCAGCCUUGAUGCUACACAGUACGUCAGUCCAUUCAGCUUCUCUCCAAGAUGGUAACUACUUUCUGUUCCACAUCUCUUACAUGAGAUCUUUGGAUUACUUAAAAAAGUAAGCUGCAUCCUGUAUAUUUCCUCUUAAAACUUCUCUUUAGGAAAAAAAUCAACUUAUUGUGGGUACAUCAGUGAUAUCAAACUCACUUCUGUUUUGUCUGACUGCUCUCUCCGUCUUCUGUCAGUCUAAAAAGUGUAAUUUUUUAAAGGAUUGAAGGAGUUAUAUUAAUACUUGUGUGAACCAUUUUUCCUGCUCAUUGUCUGUUCUUCUUUUCUCCUUCCUCUUGGUGUCUGGUUCAUCUUGGCUGCUUUUAAAAAUUCUGUUGCCUCUAGUGAGGGACUGCCAGAUUAAACCAGUGAAGAGAAACCAGGUGACUGUCUACUUUUAUGAAUAUAGGUUGUGUAUAAUAAAUUCAGGUUUUACAUCUAUGCAAAUUAAAUCAUCAUAUGAUUCUGACUACAUGCAUUUUUUUUCAAAUAUGGCAUAUAUUUCACAAAUUAUAUUUAACUUGUAGUCAUGUUGCAAUUUUAAAUACCUAACUAGGAGUUACAAGGUGUGCCACUAGGUCUUGGUAAAUAGGUUUACAAACACAGAAGAAAUAGAAGAAAUUUACCUUUUUUCUUGUAUUCCUGGUAAGUUCAGUGAAAAAGUUUUUCUUGCUAUAGGUGAUAAUAUUAAACAUCUCACAUACUGUUUGUCUUUAGAGACAAAAAUACAUUUUGUUACUAGAAAUGUAGAGAUUUUGUAGGGGCCUAAACAAAACAUGGCCAGAAUGAGGAAGUUUUAAAGCAACAUGUCUUUGGUCUGGAGUUUACAGCAUCUAGUUAGUAGGGCUUUUUGCUAAUGUUUCUAUCAUGGAGUGGAAGUCAAAUGUCAAAAUAAACUUUUUACUUCCGCAAUAUUAUAUAUUCACCUUGGGAAUAUUGUGAAGUGAAAAUAGGAUUUAGCAAAAUUCUUUCUGUGGUAUUUAUUGACAGACAGGGCCGUUUUAGUGUCAAGCCCUAAGCCUUGCAAUAUGAUUCCCAGCCAUAGGUGCACCAUACUUUGAAUAAUCAGUCUGUCAGCUGAGCUAUGACAAGGAUUAUGCUGUGAAGGUAACAACUCAAUGCUUUCCAUGUCAACUCUCUUUGGUAAUUGCUGCUGUUUUUUCUUAAAUAAAAAGAUAUUUUGGUGAGCACAAAGAUGUCUCUGUCAAUACUUGUGUUUUGAUCAAUAAGAGGAUCUGGAUGGUGUGAAAUGUGGGACUCAGUUAGAAUUGAAACAUCUGAACAAACAGCUGUGAUUCACAAAACCUCUGCUAAGCAGUUGCCUAAACCUCAAAGCACUAUGUUUGGCUGUCGUGAUUCAUGCCUUGGAGUUAGUUCCUUUUCCCCCUGUGGCUCCCAAGUGGCUUUCCAGGAGUGUUCAUGCCCACCCAAGUCCUCUGGACAUCACUACUGCGAUAUUCUUCCACUCAAGUGUCCUGGUCAUCUUGGCCUCCGGGUCACUUCUGGAGUGUGCCCAGAUUCCCUGACAUGACUGGCUUUUUGACAAAGUGCAGCAGCGUCGCAGCGGUAAUGAUAGGACUUAUUCCCAGGACUAUUUUUACUUUUUUUUUUUUUUUUUUGAGGGGCAUGUUUUGUGUAUUCCACAACAAUUUAACAUAGUGAAGACAGAAAUAAUCCCGAGAAAACUCAGUGUGUGCCCCAGCCCUGGGAAUAACCUAAACAUUAGAUUAUGAUCUUGAAUUCAUUUGUGCUCAAGGGCGCUGUUUCAGCAGAAGGGUCGAGACUGCCUCUUCUAAAAUAACCAUCGGCCUGGUGGUCAGAGUCCUCCCUGGGGUGAGAGGAGUUGUGAAUUGGGGCCUUUCAGGGCAGGAGAGAUGAAUCCCAUGAUUGUGUGAGUGCUCUAAUCAUAGAGUUGUUAUAUAGUGGGAGAUGAGAAGCCAGCUUUUCCUCCAGCUAUGUUUUAAUAAAACAUAAGUUUUGAAGGAAAGAUCACAGGAACCUAUUUUCAUAAAAAGAAUCAGGGUGUAGAUUCUGAGUGGAUGGAGGCACCUCUCAGACAGCCCUGUCUUUAGAGGUAACCCUCAGGUAGAGCGCUGGCUUAAGAAGGAGGCAGGAUUUUAGAUUUGGGACAAACCUCAUGUUUUCCCUGGUUAACUCCACUCAUCUUAUGCUGAGGUCAAGACAUGCUGUGCUGGCUGUUUUCCAGGCCACCCAAGUGUCUCCCUACGUAAGCCACAGGAGGGUCACACUUUUAAACAUGAUACUGGAUACCUGGUAGGGAACCAUGGGAUGAAAAAUGUAGUUUUGGAGCACCAGAAGCCUUUAUAGGGUUAGGCCAUAUAAAUCAGUAUCUGAUAAUUCAUACAGUUGGUUUCAUAUUAACACCAGUACUUGAUAUCUGGUGGUAAUGGUUCUCUGAGUAGAGUUUCUUGUCCAUUUUUACUUUGUAUUGCAAAGGACCGCACAGGAAACUUGGAUUGCGUUUUAUUUAUAAUGAAAAUUCUCACUGUGUUUCCCAUUAGAUGCUCUAAUGGCUAGCAUGGCUAGACACUCAUAUUGGUUUUGAGUCCUGUGGGAUACAAGGUUAGAAUUAUAUUUUUAUGGAAUUUAUCUAAAUUAAAAUGGAACUACAUAUGAAAAUUUUGACCUUUCUUGGGGAAAGUGUAAUUAUAUUCAAAGAUGCUUAUUCCUCCUUUAAAAAUAAUUUCAUUUUGCCUACUUGAAAACUUGCAAAAUCAGGGGGCAGUAUAUUCCUCAAAAAAUAGGUAACAACGUGACAGCAGUCCAGUGCACAAGUUUCCUCUGCUGUGGCAUAACUGACUGCUUUUGCCACUUAUAGGAUGUAUGGGCACAGUUGUUCAGGCAGUCUGUCCCAUGUGUGUUCCCUUCCCCAAACCUGCUUGAUACGACUGAAGAGGAGGUUACAAAGCUGCCCUGGAACCCUCCCAUUUGUGAUCUACAUCCUACAAUAUGGAUAUUCUAAAUAUCUUGGGCUUUCCCUAGCUAACAAGCUGGUUAUUCUGGCUAUGCAUAAAGAUACAGAUUUGAGUUUUAAUUAACAUCUGUAGUUUAAUCAAACCAUUUAUGAUCCUGAGAAAUCUGAACUGUAGACUUUCCGGUUUUUCUGAUGACAGACAAAUACCAUAAACAAAAAGGAACUAUGGCUGUGGUAACUUUUGUGGAAACCUGAGAAGUCUGAAAACCAUAUUUGUCAAUGUCUGAUGAAGAAUUAAAAAAAAUAAUAGAUAGGAGAAUAAAUACAUUAGGGACUUCACAGAAGUUUUUAGUGUUUAAGUUUAAACAGCAUUCUGUGUCAUUUUACAGGGUCUAGCUCUCCUGCAGUGACAGUGAUGUAAAUCUCCUGCUAGGCCCAGUUUUAUUAUAAAAGAAGUUGGCCCAAAAGAGAAAAUCUGGAAUAAAUUGCCGUGAAAGUGGAUUGGCCUGUUUAGUCUGGUGACCCAGUGAAACAGUGGAGGACUUUAUAAUCUUCAGUACAGACAGGUCUUCAUUGUUGAAGGAAGCAGGAAGUGCUAAGAGGCUAUAAUUGCAUAUUCUUUAAUAAGAAAUAUAAUUGUUGCUUUCUCCAAACAGAUCUCAGACAGAUUUUAAUAGUGUGCACACAUUGAGAAGCCUCUGAAACACACCCUUCUACACAAAUUUGUUCAUGUACAUUGAUAUAUUCUAAUGUGUUUACACCCUCUAAAAAUGUAGUCCCUGUUGAGCAUUUCUGAAUUGUAGGGUUCCUUACUCUUUUUCCCCUUUUUAGAUUGACUAUGAUGUAGACAAAUAUAAUUGAGCAAGAUUCAGUAAGAGAAAAGAAGGUCCAGUAGAUGUGUUUCUUUUGAGACUUUGAAGUCUCUGUCUUGGAAUAAAGGCUUAUCUUUGCCAUGAUUAUAAUGGUCAGUCUUUACUACAAUGUCAGGGCCUUGCCAUCUUUCAUUGUGCAGCACAUUCAAAAAAACCCCCACAAAUAACUCAGAUUUGUGUUUUGUUUUUUUUUUUCCAAAAAAAUCAAAUUAGGAAACUACAUUUGUGAAGUAGUAUAAUUUUCUUUGUUGAAUCUGAAGGUAUCAAAUUUGUGUUAAACUAGUAUUAAUGUAAACCUUGGUCAACACAUGGAAAACCAGUGUUGUGCAAAGCCUAUCAUAACUACUGAUUGUGAAGUCACCAAAGCAGACAUGCGCUUUUAACACGGCUUCAGGUGGCUGAAAUUCAGUUUUCCUCAUUUCUUCAUGCUCUAUACUCUUGUUGUAGUCAUUACAAAACAAAUAGCUUUCUUAACUGGCAUUAGGUGUAUGGCUUUCUGUGAACUAUGGUAACUGAGGCUUGAGAUCUAUGAACAAUUGUUUAGUUUUCAUCAAACUUCUUCAAUGUGUAGAUCUAAGCAAAAUCAUGCCAUAUGUUGAAAAUGAGUUCAGUCAUGACUGUCUUUCAGCAGCUGUACUAAAUUUGUAUUGUUCUGCAGUGCUAUGUACAGCUUUUCUCAAAACAAUUGAGAUCACAGAUAUAUAUUAAAUUAUUUUUAUUACCAUUGAGUAUCAUAUUUCAAAAGCCUUGAAUUCUUGUUUCUGUGAAAUGUGAAGUUAGGAAAAUACUAGUUUUUUAUCCUGGGAUACUUGUAGCUUUGGUUUAGUUGAAGAAAAGAUGCACCAUGGAAAGAUAGAUUCUCCACGAUGGCUGAAAAUGUUAAAAGUUUCAAGCUCUGUACUCAUAAAAUCAUAAAAUCCCAAACAAAUAACCAAACAACCCCUAACAACAAAAACAAAAAUAAAAGUGCUGCAUUCUCUUGUAAAUUGUCCAUCGGCUUUAGAAUAUAAAUGCUUAUCUGAUAGUAACUUGUGUGAGAUCAUCGAUUCCUUUUAUACCUUCCACUAAUCAAUCACCCGCUGAUAAAGGCUUCCAUUGUUCAGGUGGCCUAUGUGUGAGGUAUUCCACUUUAGUUUAAGAGGGGUAUUCAAAAUCAUUUGCCUGAUGCAGGAAAGAGUAGGACAGUCUACAGCAUAUUCAUACAACUGGGGUUUAGGAAAAGAUUUUAUUAAAAAGAAUAUCUGCAGAAAGAAAAAAAGGACCAAUACUGUUUGCCAUAGUUAAUAUGAUUUGUCUUUUUUAAAACUGCAAGUUAAAGUAAGUUGUAUCUGGGCAAGCAGGAAAAUGAAAUCGUGGUUUGCUACUGCUUGACAAUAUUCAUGCAGUGAGUCAAGUCAACAAUACUGAGGUUGAGCAGAACACAAACCAAGGAGGUUGCCCAUGCAAAUGAUACAUCCUGGUUGCUUCCUCAUGAACUCUUCCAUGAAAUCCUGCUGCACCCAUCUUGAUUGCAUAUGCUAAUCCUAGCUUCUUAAUUGACUCAUAACAGAUUUAUCUGGAUUUCCAACUUCCUCUUCUCUUUAGAAUGUUAAUUAAAAGAAAAACGAUUACAUUUAAGAUAUUCAUGACAGUAACAGAAUUUUCUGCUUAGAGGCAUUCAGGGCCAAAUUUUGCUUUUAUUUAGAUAGGACUAUUUAAAAUCAAUGAGCUUAAACUGUUUUGCACUAGGGACCUUUUGAUACCCACACAGUAAAAAAAUGGCCUUAGAAGCAAUGGAAGACAGUUCAUAUAGUGUAUUUUCUAAAUUUUACCUUGUACAGUAAAAUUGAGAAAAAGCCCCCAACUUUUAAUAUAAAAUACAAAUAAGAAUCAAAAGCCAAUUUGUUUGGAUGAAAAUGGGCUCAGAAGUGCUUAUGUAGACUUGUAUAUUCUCCCUGUCUUCCCCUAAAUCACUCACUGUCACUAUUAGGCCUGCAAAAGUAGGAAAAGGAUAUUCUCUGUAUGGAAUAUGGAGAUUUUGAGUCAUGUCCCUAGUGUAAACAGGUAAUUGUCCUUUGUUAUUUCCUAAGCCAGAUGCAGAGCUUGUUUAUUUUUACUCAAUAUUUAGGAAAACUUUAAAUAGUAGUUACGCUUUUUGUCAUAUGGACAAAAUGAGAUUUAAUUGGAGAAGAAGUAGAAUGAAAAUUCCCUUCCUUUUUUUU